ACACCAUGGGCGAAAAUGCCAAAGGAGCUGGAGUGUUUCUCGAACUAAGGAAGCGGCUGCAAAGUGGUCUUCUUGUUCUCUGGAGAGAUGUGGCGAAGAGCUAUGCAGAGGUGAGGGUUACAGGAGGAGAUUCGUCCCUCCACAUCCGGACUCCUCGGGGCCUGCUAAUCGUGGAGCUGCCAGCAGGGGUCAGCCUCGUGGAGGGCUCCUGCAGGGAGGCACCUGAAAGAGGAGAUGAGAUACACUUCAGAAUGCGCCUCAAUGUGGACCAGCACACAGAUGACACAGGGGCCCUGGGGAGUGUGAUGGAGAGGCUGCAGGUCCGUGAGAGUUAUUCCUUCCACUGCCAGUCCUGUGGGACCAGGGUGCUGGAGGAGAGGGUGUUCAAGCGAGUGCUCCCUCUCCCCAACUGCAACUGGAGCUCCCUGGUGGAUGACUGGUGCUGCCAUCCGGACCCCUUUGCCAACCUGAAGCUGCUGCCCCGAGCGGAGGACUGUUUACUGGGCGACACUCACCUCCUUGUGCCCCUGGAUAGAGGCUGUGAGGAGACUCUCACCCAGGAGCUCAGCCCCAUCACCAACAAAAUGGCUGAGGGUCAAAAUCAGGACACACCGAAACCCAACCGCAGGCGUACGCUUGUCUCCUGUAAGAGCUGCACAGCCGGCCUGGGAGAGGCUGUGGCACCAGGGACCUUGAAACUCUACAUCACAGAGGUGACGGUGAGACCCAGUGUGGGAGACAGCCAGUUUGAUACCUCUCCAGACAGGUCACUGUUCCUAGAACAGACCAUAGCUGCCAGACUGGUGGAGCUGUCCUCCUCACAGAGCGUGUUUCGUUUCUCUAUCCAGGCCUCAGAUGGAAAAGCCUUCAUAUUGCUCUGGCUCCUGAACAGCGACUCCCUCAUUGCCUCGUUCUCUGCCACUCCGUCAUCGACUGUCAGAGGUGAUGCUGUCACCUCUCCCGGCCACCGCCAGUGUUCUGAGCAUCAAUCACCCACUGAGGCUGGCAGCGCCGUCAAAGUUCUCUAUCUCCCCUGUUCUCCCUCUGCCAGCACACACCAGGACGUUGUAGACACCUGGGAGAAGGACAUCGGUGUCCACCCCCUAGAACUGCCCCUGACCACGUGCCAGGAGCUGUUGUCGGUGCUGACAGCCAGUACUUCCUGUCUCCCUCCGUCGCUGCAUUCCAUGAACUCCUACCAGGUGGCGUACAUGAGACUGUAAUGUCAGAGGUCAAGAGCCAUGGAUCCACUCAUCUUUCCUAGAGGGAGGAUCAGCAGAAGAAACACUGGAACACUAGAGUACAGUUACUUAUCUGUCUUAGGCUGUGUUCAAGACGCACGUAAUGGAAAACCAAGUUCCAUUGCCCAAGUUCAGCUGGUGCAUACCUCCGAGUCGAGCGUUCUCCUCCUAAAAGAACGAUCAUUCCGUUAUACGUUUUGAAAAGGUUUCUUCAAUUUGGUCCUACUGAACAUGACCCUGAUAGCUGCUGUAAUGCAGACCAUGUAAAAAAAGACUUGUAACUAAUCAUUCCAAUGGAAUGACUGAGUUAUGGAUGACCUGCCCAGAUUAAAUAGUGAAUCUGACUAACA